AAGUGGGGGCCGCAUAUAAGACCCCGACGUUUGAAGGGGCCCGGUAGUCUCUAGUCAUCGAUACGACCGCGUUACUACGACUGGAUCACUAUACCUAGUGACGUCACUCUUUCUCUCUCCUACUCAAUCGGCGCCAUCCUUCGUCAGGAUGAAGACGGAAGCCCUCCUUCUCCUGAUCUGUUUCGGAACUAUCACCGCUUUGACGAGGAAGCAAGAGGCUGCCGAGCAAAGCCGCCGGAAGGUCGCUGCGGCCACGUCAGCGCCGAAGAAACAGGAGCCGGAGGAGGAAUACGAGGACGACGACGAGCUCCAGGACCAGUGUCCGGAGCCCAACGGAUACUUCCCGGACGCGGAGCAAUGCGACAAGUACUACGACUGUCGAGACAGCAAAAUAACGGAGAAAUUGUGCCCCGACGGCCUGGUCUUCAACGAUUUCAGUCCGCAGCACGAGAAGUGCGAUUUGCCGUUCGGCAUCGAUUGCUCGAAGAGACCCAAGCUACAAAAGCCGCAACCGUCACCGCACUGUCCCCGCAUGCACGGCUACUUCGCCCAUGAGGAUCCGAGAAACUGUAACACCUUCUACUACUGUGUGGAGGGCAAGUUCAACAUGAUUACCUGUCCGGAUGGCCUGGUCUUCUCCGAGAAGACCGGCAUCUGCAACUGGCCGGAUGAGGCGCAGAAGAAGGGCUGCGGUUCCCGCGAGCUCUUCAACUUCACCUGCCCGAAGGUCGACGACUCCGUGGCCGCGACGCAUCCGCGUUAUCCCGACACCGAGGACUGCCAGUACUUUUACGUGUGCGUCAACGGUGAGGUACCGAGGCGAAGCGGAUGCAAGCUCGGCCAGGCGUUCGACGAGCGCACCGGAAAGUGCGACUGGGCCAGAAAAAUACCCGAAUGCAAAGACUGGUACAAGGAUCAGCUGACCGACGAACAAUUGGACGCCUUGGAGAAUCCGCCGCCCAAACCUAAGCCUACCGGUGGACCAAGCAGAAGAAAAGGCAGCAGACCGGCCGUAUAGGCUCAGGACUUUAGAUUAAGCGUGUAGGUUUUUAUAAGUCUUUACUUUUAAACUGCUCUAUUGUAUAAUAAACUUAUCUUUAUUACAAACACACGUGCCUUUCAAAAUGUAUUGCGUCGUAAAUCCUGUCUUCGAGAUAAUUUGCUUUGACAGAUAAAUUGUGAAUUUGACUUUAAACAGUUUAGAAAAAAAGCUACUAAUUCCAGGGAAAAAUUAUUUAAUUUCUAACAACGAUACUGACACCUUCGGCGUUUUUAUUUAAACAACAAUGACUUUAGUUUCUCGCAAAAUUGGCGAGAUUUCCAUAAGAUCGGAACUCUUCCGAAAUAAAUUCAGAUCGCGUCUUAAAUUUACGUGAGCGGUGAAAGUUUGAUAUCGAGCGACAUUCCUCGCAUUUCAUGCAUGGAGAACAUUCCCGAAAUCCAGCUCUAACGUAAUGCUUUCGUAAGCCUGAGAAUCGUGGGACGAAGAUCAUUUUACGUAAGCCAAAGAGAGGGAGCAUUGUUAGAACAUCAGUAUCGAGCAGAACUGCACAGAUGAGACGGCGAAAAUGUCUAUGAAUCGUAAUAUUAAGUAUAACAAACAACAAAUAUAUAAUGUAAUCAAACAUAU